AUGCUUGGAAAUGAGGAAACUGUUGAGCAUGAGAAAGAGUUCUCGUCCUACAAACUAGAGGAUAAUAGGGUCCAAGAGGGUGUUUUUCUCGCAGGCGCGGAUGGAGUCGAACGCGGCGUCCGGAAACAGCUUCAGCCAAAUUGCGAGCUACUCGAUCCAGAGCAGUUUUGCUCAACUCUUCGCAAAAUUCUCGACGGGGCUUGCUUCGAUAGUCUGGUUUUCCGAAGAUCUCAUGGGGUCAAUGCUUUGAUCGAGAUCCGGACCUGGCGCCUACGCAAGAAAGGCAACUCGUUGGUCCAAGUUGAUGGCGAAGAAGGCGGCCUGGAGGAAUGCUCGCCCAACGACGAGAAUACCGGACGGCUCAGCGAAUCCUGGUCCUUCGAUGAUGUGCUUAUAUUGAGACGCAUCGGUGUUUCAGCUGUAGACCUGGAACUCGUCGCUCCAUGUGACGGAUAG